AUGGCGGGAGUGGGGUUGAACCUCACGGGGCUUUUGCCAGAUGAGAGGUGGAUCGCCGAAAUGCAGUACGAUGCCACGGCCGAAUGCCAAGCCUUUCGCGGCCAACACAGAGCGGAUACGAUCUUUGUCGUUACAAUGGCAGCGCGCAUCAUUCAGAUGCAGUCAGGUUUUGCUAUGCUCGAGUCUGCAUACCAACAGCCAAACAAUUCGGCAAACAUCAUGAUGAAGAACAUGCUGGAUCUUUGUAUCGGUGUGUUGGCGUUUUGGAUCUUUGGCUACUACAUUGCCUACCACGCUACACAUCAGCUCACAGGCUUGGCAGAUGCGGGUGUCGACCUGGCACACUGGUUUUGCUGCUUUUCCUAUGCGACGACGGCCGCCACCAUCAAUAGUGGGGCCUUGGCGGGCCGAGUCGCUUUCUUCCCCUAUCUAUUCCUAUCAGCAGUGAUGACCGGUGUCCUUUACCCGAUUUGUGCACAUUUGUCGUGGGGCAAUGGCUGGCUGCAGCAGAUGGGUUUUGUCGACUUUGCAGGCUCCGUGGUGGUUCACCAGGUGGGCGCGGUGAGCGCUUUGGUCUCCACCUGCAUCUUAGGGCCACGCAUUGGUCGCUUCAAGAACUAUCGUGCCUGGAAGGGUAUUUGGGCCGUCUUCUUUUUCGAAACACAUGAUGAUGCUUAUUACCGAGAACCGGAGGAUCCAGCGGAGCUGAAGGUCUUCAUUCCUUUCCGGAAAUGCCGGCAUCCGGUCCAGCUUCUAUUCGGAACUUUCCUCCUGCUCGUGGGCUUUUUGGCCUUCAACCCAGCAUCAACCUUCGCUACCACGCUGGGGGCUGACUUAGUCGUUGCACAUAGCUCUGCCACGACGCUCUUGGCGGCCGCUGGUGGUGGAGUUGGAGGCAUGCUGUUUUCGAUGCUCUACACAAGAUCAACGGUGGUUCGUGUCCCCGAACUGACCAACGCGGUCAUUGGGAGCCUUGUAGCGUCCUGCGCACCCGCAGCGGUGAUGCCGUUGUCAGUCUCUCCCCUCGUAGGAUUUGUAGCGGCGAUUCUCACCCUUGGCUUUGAGGAGAUCCUUUCAUAUUUUCAAAUUGACGAUGCAGUGGGGGCAGUAGCAGCCCAUGGCCCGAGUGGAGCUUGGGGAGCCAUUGCGGUGGCGCUAUUUGCCGACAAACACUGCGCAAAUCCUGAGGUUGUUGGCCUAGUGUUUGGUGGUGGUGAAGCAGCCUGGCAAUUGAUGGGAAUUCAGCUUCUAGGAAUGGUCGUCCUGUGCGGCAUCUCAAUUGGCAUCACCUAUGUCUCGGUGCUGGUCAUCGACAUGGUGGCGGGCUUCCGGUGCACCCGCGCAUGUGAGCUAAUUGGGCUGGACGUUUGGGAGCAUCAGUUUCAUGAUGGUACCUUCGAAAAGGAUAACGACAAGGCGACGUACUUUCAAGCUGCGAAGCUGAAAGAGAGCUUGAGCCAGUACACCUGGUGGUCCAAGCUCAACAGCCCAGAGAAACGGUACCUGGCCGAGCAGAAGAAAGAGGAGCUGUCCAAAAAGUUGGAUGCAAACAAAGAAAAGGGGACCAUGGAUAUGGAAAUGGAGGUCUCAAUUCUGAAAAAGCAGGUUGAGAUGUUGCAAUCGCAGAUUCAAUUGCUCACCCUCGGAAAGAUACAACAGCACAACCCUGGCGAGGACAUUUUCGGUACCCAGGGUGGUCAACAAGAAGAAGACGAGAACGAGAUCUGUACCAAAGGUCUUUGA